CUAAUCAUGGCUGUCCCAUUGCCAGCAGUUGCAGAACGUAUGAAUAAUCCCAAGAAUCCGGUUGUUUUCUUCGAUGUUACAAUUGGUGGCCAGAGCGACGGAACCGGUUCGUUCAGUAUCUACGGUGGGUCCCAGUUUGCGGAUGAGAAUUUUCAGGUGAAACACAGUUCACCAGGGAUGUUGUCUAUGGCGAACAGUGGUCGUGAUACGAAUGGUUGCCAGUUUUUCAUCACUUGUGCACCUUGUGACUUUCUUGACGGGAAACAUGUGGUUUUUGGUCAAAUCGUUGACGGUAUGCUGGUGUUGAAAAAAAUUGAGAAUGUUCCAACCGGAGCAAACAAUCGUCCUAAAGUGCCCGUACUCAUUUCCCAAUGCGGAGAAAUGUGA